AUGGUCGUUCAUAACGGAAUUAUCACUAACUACCGUGAGAUCAAAGAAUAUCUGAUAAAAAAAGGACACAAAUUUGAGUCGGAAACGGACACGGAAGUGAUUGCAAAGCUUAUGCAACACAUCCAUGAUCGUUAUCCAGACUUCUCAUUCAGACAACUAGUUGAAGUUGUUAUCCAACAGCUGGAAGGAGCAUUCGCGUUGGCAUUUAAGUCGUCAAAAUUCCCUGGGCAGUUGGUUGCCACUCGCCGUGGAUCUCCAUUGCUGAUUGGUAUCAAAACCAAUAACGAGAACCUACAAGCCAGCCAGUUCCCUAUCUCGUACAGUAAAGAUGCCGCAGCCAUUGUUGAGCACACAAAACAGGUGGAAUACUUCGUCGCAUCAGAUGCCGCAGCCAUUGUUGAGCACACAAAACAGGUGCUAUUUUUGGAAGAUGACGAUGUUGCAGUAGUUGAAGAUGGAACACUGUCCAUUCAUCGUAUCUCUCGUAAACCCUCCGCAGAAAACACGCAGCAAACCAGAGAAGUGCAAAAUUUGAACUUGGAGUUGCAACAAAUCAUGAAGGGCAGCUUCAAAACAUUUAUGCAGAAGGAAAUCUACGAACAGCCUGAAUCUGUAGUGAACACGAUGAGGGGACGUGUCCGACCAAAUGGGCAAGUGGUUUUAGGAGGAAUUAAGGAUUAUGUCGCUGAUAUCAAAAGAUGUCGACGACUCAUAAUGAUCGCCUGCGGCACUUCUUACCAUUCAGCUAUCGCUUGUCGCCAAAUCCUUGAAGAGCUCUCAGAAUUACCAGUGGUUUUGGAGUUGGCUUCAGACUUCCUAGAUCGAAAUACUCCAAUUUUCCGUGAUGAUGUCUGCAUAUUCAUAUCACAAAGCGGUGAAACAGCCGAUACUUUGAAUGCAUUAAGAUAUUGUAAGCCUCGAGGCGCUUUGCUGAUUGGGAUAACAAAUGCUGUCGGGUCAUCUAUCAGCCGUGAAACUCACUGCGGCGUUCAUAUUAAUGCCGGUCCAGAAAUUGGUAUCCUUGAAGAGCUCUCAGAAUUACCAGUGGUUUUGGAGUUGGCUUCAGAUUUCCUAGAUCGAAACACCCCAAUUUUCCGUGAUGAUGUUUGUAUAUUCAUCUCACAAAGCGGUGAAACAGCCGAUACUUUGAAUGCAUUAAGAUAUUGUAAGCCUCGAGGCGCUUUGCUGAUUGGUAUAACUAACGCCGUCGGGUCGUCUAUUAGCCGUGAAACUCACUGCGGCGUUCAUAUUAAUGCCGGUCCAGAAAUUGGUGUUGCCUCUACUAAGGCGUAUACCUCGCAAAUCUUAUCUCUACUGAUGUUUGCGCUGGUUCUUUCAGAUGAUCGCAUCUCAAUGAUGAAUAGGAGGAGAGAGAUUAUUCAAGCCCUUAAUGACUUACCAGAUCUCAUUCGGGAAGUCUUGCAAUUAGACAAAGAGGUUUUACAAAUUGCGCAAGAGAUAUACAAGGAAAAGUCUUUGCUUAUUAUGGGCAGAGGUUUCAACUUUGCUACUUGUCUCGAA